AUUAAGCCGUGUCCACACUAUGCCGCGGUUGGCUUUUGGCAAUGCCGCGUUGGCAAAGCCAAUGCAAUGUAGACGUGGUCGUUGGCAUAUGCCGCUGAGCCAAUGGUUUGCCAACGAAAAUCGCUCUAGUGUCGGUCUCCAUCAAAGGAAGCCGGUGAGAGCCGGUAGUGGGGACGAGCCAACCGUUGGCUUCACGCGGCAUGCACGUGGUUCAGUUGUGGCUGAGACAGUGCCGAGUACAGUCAUGGAGUGGACGAACGAUAAAGUGUGUCAACUUAUUGAGCUCUACCGUGAUAAACCUGUUCUGUGGGACUGUCGCUUGAAAGGGUACAAAGACAGAAACAAGAAACAAGAUGCUCUUCAAGAAAUAGCAGAUGUUUUUGGUGUUGACAAAGCAGUAGUGGAAAAGAAAAUUAAAAACCUAGUGUGCCAUUUUUUACGUGAAAUAAAAAAGGAGAGAGACUUAAGUAAGUCUGGUGCGGGAAAUUCUGAUGUGUACAAGAGUAAAUGGUUUUGCUAUAACAACAUGCUAUUUCUCCAGGAUCGAAAUACACCUAACGAAACGACGGACACAAUCACGCAGGACGAGCAUACAAAUAAAGAUGGAGAUACUGCAAACCAAUCGCAAACUGUCAACCAGGACCAAGUUGCUGGACCAAGUGGAGAAACGCCUCGAAAACGUGUAAGUUUGCCAAAGGAACAGUCUGAUCGGCCAGGCGGAGGCCCACAAAAGAAAAAAAAGACUACAGCUACAGAAGAAGCUCUGUCAAUUAUGAGAAGUAUCCAAGGUCGGCAUAAAGGUAUGGAUCAGUUCAAAUCUUUUGGAGAGCAAGUAGGACUGCGUAUUAAAGACCUCCCAUCAUCAAAUGCUCAGAAAAUUGCAAAACACCUUAUUAGUAAUAUUCUGUUUGAAGCAGAAAUGGGCAAGUACGACUAUGGCAACCCAAUCGGCGGAAGUUACUCACAGCCAUUCUACCCAACACCGAACUACGUACAACAACCGAUUUCUGUCCCGAUGCCACCAGCUUGUCCCAAUCCAAACCCAUGUAGUGAGCAGCUGUCUUUUCACGGAAUCACACAGGCAAACUCUCCAGAUUCAGUCAUAAGCUCCUCGCUAUCAACCCAUACGGACAAUGACUCUAUCGACAAUAUAUUGAUGCACCUGUAAUAAUAAUUUUACAAAUUUAAAUAAAAGAGAAUUUUACACCUCAUCUCUUCAAAAUUCAAAUUUGAGUUAAGACUUUUGUUCAUUUUUGUUAUUGUAAUUAACUUAAUACUCAUUUUAACUAAGUAAAUAAGGGUUUCAUUUGUAAUGGAGAGUGUUUUGUUCGGAACUUGAGACGCAUGUCUACCAAAUAAAGGUUUUUUCUAAUAUACAA